UGCAGGUCUUGACGUUCUAGCGCAAACAGCAACAAGAGACGGAGUAACCGAAAUAUAGUUUCAAAGUAAUUUACCUGAUAAAAAAAUGACAGAGUUGCAUCAGGCAGCAGCUGCUGGAGAUUAUGAUCUAGUGGAAGAUAUUGUGAAAAAAAAAUCAUGUGACCCUAAUCAGAAAGACUUGGACUGGAACAAAAAGACACCGCUGCACUGGGCAGCAUCCAGAGGUCAAACAGAAAUGGUUCGGAUACUGAUUGAAAAUGGAGCAAGGGCUUGUUUGAGGACGGACAAUGGAUGGACGCCCGCACACUUUGCAGCGGAGUCUGGGAGACUAGCAGUACUACGACUCCUGCAUUCCCUCCAUGCACCUGUCGACAAGGAGGACACUUCUGGGGAUAAACCUGUCAGGAUUGCUGAAAUCUAUGGACAUGAAGAUUGUGUUCAUUUUCUUGAAAAGGCAGAGAUUGAGAGCAGAAACUAUCGGCAAAUGGAAAAAUUAAAUGGACUGCCCUUAGAUGAUACUGAUGAAGAAUGGGAACAGGAGAGAAACGAAGCCAGACUGCAAGGAAAAACAAAAACCUGGAAAACCCAUUAUAUGGAAAAGAGCACCCGAAGACAAAGCCAUAAAGGUUUGUAUGAAAGCACAUUUCCGCCACAUAAGAAAAACAUGUUUUGAUAACUGAUAAUUAGGACAUAAAAAGUCACAAAUUUCUAAAAAAAAAAAAAAAAAAAAAAAAAAAAAAAUUCUAAGUUUUGACUUUUUAACUCAUGAAUGUGACUCUCAUAAUUUCCACUUUUUAUUUCAUAAUAAUGAUUUACUGUGCCAAAGCAUUUUUUUUCCCAUUAUGGUGGAAAUGGGCUUCCAUAGAUUUGGACAUGAUGCUGUGUAUAAGAUAAAGGCUGAAAGUUAUAAAAGCUAAAGCACUUAAUGCUCAUAUAAGCUGAUUUCAGUCAUGUAAUUUAAGACAAAAAAAGAUUGUAAUUCAUGUAAAUAUAUAAUUAUAUGCAUUUAUAAGGUGAAGUGGGCAAUUUCUGAACCAUCAGCAGUGGCCCCACAAAGAGUUGUUCCAAACAUGUCCAUUACCACCCACCACUGGUCAACUAACAUACUGGACCCAUCCCCUAACUCACUAAAUAAUCACACACUUCACCUAUAGAAUACUGAAACUUUAAAAGACAUACAGAAUUAAGUUAAAAACACCAAA